AUGUUAUAUUUUUGUUUUGUUGGAAUACAUAGCUAUUUUUCCAAAAGCUUUAAGCAUAAUUAAAUAUUGAAAUCAACCCUCAUCAUUAAUUAAAUUAAUGAACAUUCUUGCUGUCAAGACAACACAAUGAGUAGACUCUUAGCCGACAGUUACGUAGUUACUUAAUUGUAAUACCCAAUCUAGAUGCACUAUCUUCAAUUAUUCAUAACUAAUCAAUGGUAGAUAGAUAACUAUACAAUAAACAUAUAUAGUAACCAUCCACUAUUGCUUUUGACUUCUCGUUAUAGUCAUUUUAAAUAUUCUCUCCUAUUUUAUAAGUCAUAUUAUCUAAAUAUCCCAUUCUAUCAUUCUUCUUCUUUCAUCAUUUACUCUAAUCUUGAUAAAUAAUGUCAUCAACUGAUCCUAGCCUUCAUUAACUCUUUAAGUUUUGUUAGAUGA